AUGGCCAACGGUUUGAAUAAGCAUCACAUACUCGAGGCGAUUGACAAACUCCGGUCGAGAAAAUCGAGGCCCGACGCUUUUAGAAUCGUUUCUUACGUCUCGAAAAAGUACGAAUUUCCUAAAAAUGCAAUAAUUGAAUAUUUGGAAGCGCUUUCCAAAGACGGUACAGUUUUAAAAGUUGAAUUUAAAGGAAAUUACAGCUACAGAAAUGCUGCGAAUCAUCGAAAUGCUGCCGCAAAAACUGUUUCGCCCACAACUCAAGAAGAAAGUUCAUCCAUUUAUGAGUCCAUAAGUGACUUAGUUGCUGGUGCAUUAGCACAAUUAAUUGUCGAAGAACCUGAUUAUUUAGACGUUGGAAUUCCAAUGCAAGAGUUAUACGAACAUUUAGAUACAAAACAUAGGAAAGCCAUAACUAAAACUUGUUUUAAAGAAAUCUUACAGAAAGAAGUUAAAAAUGGGAAUUUGGUCAAAUUUGAAAAUGGAAAUUAUUGUUUAGGAUAUCCUACAGGUGAUCAAAACUCAUUGUCAUCGACUCUCUCAGAAGUGACACAAAAUUCAAUUGAAAAAGUUAAAGAAAAGUCAAAAAGCCCUAUUCGAAAGUAUUCAUCCCUAUCCAGGCAUUCAUCUCCAAGUUCUAGCAAAUUGAGCAGCACAAGUUCAUCAGCAUUAUCAGAUAAGCAUUCAUCAUCUGGGAAUAAAUCAACGAGUAGAACUUAUUCGAAAUCAUCUAGAAGAUCAUCAAAAUUAGGUAAUCAAUCAAUAGAUAAUGAUAAAAGUGAAGUGUCACCCAGUAGAGAAACAAGCAGAAGAAAAAGAUUUCAAAAAAUUGUUUUCGAUCCUUCGGAUAAUCCAAAACCUAAAAAACUUAAAGAAAAAAGACAGGGAGCUGUUUUGUCGCCAGGAAAAGUCAGAGGGAUUUAUAAAAAACAUUUGAAAAUGUCAACACCAACUGAAGGUAAAAUAUCGGGGAAAAAAAUAACUCCGUCCACGUCGAAACAACACACGACUCGAAGUUCAACGGCUGAAUUAAAAUUACAACAAACGACAUCAACAACAACAACAACAAUCGAUAUAAAAGGAGAAUCAGUAGUACAGGAAGAGGAAGAAGAGGAAGAAGAAGAAGAAGAAGAAGAAAGCGAAGAAUGUGAAAUUUCCGAAGGGGUUAAUUUAUGUAAAAUAUGUUCUUUUAACAUAGAUUUUAAAUCAAGUAGAAAUCUCGAUAGGUGGACAUCUUGUCAUUUUUGCGGUAAAAAAGCUCACGUGACUUGCAUACAAGACACGGAACAAUGGACGAGAUUUAAAUUGUCUAAAUGGCAAUGCAGAGAUUGUAAAAAUUGUUCAACAUGUAAAAAUAAAUUCAGCGACGGGGAUCUCAUCGUGUGCGGUUUGUGUGACGAUGCCUAUCAUUUAACUUGUGCAAACGUUAAAAAAUCAAAAUCGAAUCAAAAAUGGUUUUGCAAUAAAUGUUCAAGAGUGUUCAGCGAUGGUGUAAAAUACGAGAAAGAAGAUUUUGGAGAGGGAUCUCAAGAAGUGACGACUUCAAACGACUCCUCGCAAAGAACGAGUCCUGAACCUGAGGGAACGAUAAAAAUCGAAGAAGAAGAAGAAAAAAAAGAGGAAAUCAAACCGGAAACGAAUGUGAUAAACGAAGAGGAAAAUGGAGAAGGAAUAGACGAAACGAUACCGGAUUGUACGAAUUGGUCGUGCGAAGAAGUUUAUUCGUAUUUUCUCAAAUAUAUACUUCCGGAAGAAGCCAACGUAUUUCGGGAUCAAGAAAUCGACGGAAGGGUUUUGUUAUUGUUAACACGUUACGACGUAUUGAGCGAUUUUAAAUUGAAAUUAGGACCCGCAUUGAAAAUUUAUGCUCAAGUGAAAAAAUUACAAGUUAGAAAAAGCGAUCCAUAUUUAUUUUGGCCUUAA